AUGUCCUUCUCUCAGUUCGGAUACCCCUACAGCACCACUUCACAGUUCUUCGUGCCCGCCAGCCCCAGCACGACCUGCUGCGAGGCCGCCCCCCGCUCCGGGCCGGAUGCCUCCUCGGCGCCGGCCGCCGCCUCGCUGUGCUGCGCCCCGUACGAGAGCCGGCUGCUGGCGCCCGGCCGCGCCGAGCUCAAUGCGGCGCUGGGCAUGUACAGCGCCCCGUACGCCGCCGGCCAGGGCUACGGCAACUACCUGCCCUACGGCGCCGAGCCCGCCGCGCUCUACACCGCGCUGAACCCCCAGUAUGAAAUCAAAGACGGCGCCGGCACGUUGCACUCGGGAAUCGCGCAGCCCGCUACCUACUACUCCUACGAUCAUUCCUUGGGGCAGUACCAGUACGACAGGUACGGGACGGUGGAUUUCGGUGGUUCAGCCAGACGCAAAAAUGCAACGCGAGAGACGACGAGUACUCUCAAGACCUGGCUGUACGAGCACCGCAAAAACCCCUACCCCACCAAAGGAGAGAAAAUCAUGCUGGCUAUCAUCACUAAAAUGACCCUGACGCAAGUGUCCACUUGGUUUGCUAACGCCAGACGGAGGCUUAAGAAAGAAAACAAAAUGACCUGGUCUCCCAAGAACAAAGCCGGGGAAGAGAGGAAAGAAGGAACCCCGAGGGAAGACGAUGAAUACAGUGCGGAGGGUGAAGGCAGAGAGCAGAAGAGCUACAAGGAGGACAAGGACCUGCGGUUCAGCGACCUGGAGGAGGAGGAAGAGGAGGAGGAGGAGGAGGCGGGGAAGCCGGAGAAGGGCCGGACCAGCUCCCUGCAGGAAGCGCCCAGCCUGGGCGCGGCGCUGCCCGAGGCUCCGCGCGGCGAUUGCAGCCUGCCCGGCCCCUUCCACGCCUUUCCUUGUGCCAAGGCCCCCGCCGCGGACUUCGCCCCCGCCUCCUUGGCCGGCCCGCCGCCGCCCUACGCGCCCGCGGAGAAGCCGCGCAUCUGGUCUCUGGCGCGCACGGCCGGGGCCAGCGCGGCGCGCAGGGGCAGCCCCGAGGGCCGCGGCGCGGAGGGAGGCGGCGGCGCGGCGGGGGAGCAGCCCCUGCCCGCCAAGGCCUUCCGGAGCUCCGCUUUCAGCCUGCAGCCGCUCCCGCGGAGCUGCGCGUCCCACCGCGGCCUGGGGGAGCCGUGCCAGUUCGCGGCGGCGGGCGAAGGCUUCGGGCGGGGCGCCAAGGGCGGCCCGGGAGGCACCGAGCUGGGUGGGACGUGCCUGGACAGGCUGCGGACGGCGUUCCGGCCCGUGCUGCGGAGGUGA